AUGUCUUCCGAUUAUAGUCAUGAUGAUCCUAAUAACCUUAAUAUUCUUAUAACAGAUACCAAAGUGACAACUGAAGAGGAUAAUAAAAAUUUUAUUAACUCCGAUGCGAAAAAUACUGAAAGUAUUGACAUUGAUAUCCCUGAAGUAACAACUAGAAGAUAUCAAAAUUUCCAACAAAGAUACAGUCAAAAAAGGAAAUCUAUAGUUAGUUCUGGUCAUAAAAAGCGUAAUAAAUAUAAAGAGCAGCAUGAAAAUAUUAAUUCUAAUAUAGAAACUGAUAUAAAUAACUCAAAUCAAUCAAAUGGUACAGAAACCAAAUCUUUUCCUCAUACAUAUAAUCGUUAUUCAAAAGAUCUUGAUAUAACAAGUAAAAAUGAUGAUAGUAAUAUACAAAAUAUCACUACAAGUACCGAAACUAAUAAAUAUAAAAGAUUUAGAUCAAGAUAUCAUAAGAAAAAUGAUUUACCCAAAGAUGACAAUGCUACUAUUAGUGAUAUAACAAAUACAGAACCUCACGUAUCCUUGACGAGUAAAUUUAGAAUAAAACCUAGAAAUAAUCGACGAAAGCUUAAUAACGAAUUAAAUUCAAAUUAUACAACGAUUAGCGAUAAAAAUGAUGAAACAACUACUACAGAAAUUUCAGUAACCACAGAAAAAUAUAGUAGAUAUCGAUUUCGUCACCGUUUUACUACCACAAAAAGUACUACUGAAGUCUCUGAAACAACUAGUCCUCCAACAAUACAUCCAAAUAACUCUUUACCUCCAAAAAAAUUAAAUAAUAUAUACGCACAUAAAAAACAUAGACGUGGUAGAAAUAAACAUAUUUCAACUAAUAAACAAGAAAAUAAUGAUAUUGAAGUUAGUAGUACUACUAAUAAAGAAGACUUGGUAUCUACCACUGUAGCAACUGCUGAGUUUACUACUAAAGUUAUCAGUUCAAAUCCAAACAAAACUGUGAGUGGUACUAAAAGACUUAGAUUGCGUGCUAAAUUUGGGAGAAGGACGAAUCUUACAACGAAUUUUAAACAUAUUGAGACUACGACAAAUUCUGUUAACACAACUGAUGAGGAAACUAUUGAAAGUACUAUAACAUCAACUCCAAAUAUUCCUCUUCAAGAGAAAUAUAAACAGUAUAGGAAAUUAUUUGAUCACUCACGACACAAUCAAGCUGAACAAAUUAAAGUAGAUUCGAAUGAUACUUUUUUGAUUAAAUCUAGUGGAGACGAUAUUGUAAAUAAACCUUUACAAAUAGAAGAAAAACAUAUAAACGAUUCAAAAUUUACACACGAAGAAAUAAAUCCUUUUCAAAAUAAUGUUACUGGAACAGAAGCACCUAGCGAAGAAAUUGUAACAUUAAAUAACGUUGAAACUACAACUGGUGGUCUAAGACUUCAUACAGAAAAUACAGAAGUUGAUAAACGAAACGAUUCGAGUUUAGAACAAGGUUUAUUGAGAUCAACUCAGGAACCUAGUCUUAUGAAAUCUAACACUGAUGAACAUGUCAUCAAUUUGGAAAUGUUAGAAGCACCGAAAACUUUAGAAGUAAUCAAUUCAGAUGAAAAUUCUACUGUGAGUAGGAGAAAACGAAGGGAAAGUGAGAAAUUCGAUGCCGUAGAUGGAGCGUUCGAAGGCAACAUUACUGAACCAAAGGAUAAAUUAAUCGAUUUAUUUGGACCAACUAACGAUACCGACUCAGAAAUAGAUUAUGGAAAUGAUUCUUCAAAAGAUGUUAGUGUAACUGGAAUAAGCGAUAGCGAAUUGCACUCAAUGCAAGAUUAUAUUGAUAAUAGAACAGCCGAAGAAGAAGUUACCAUAACUGUCGUUCCUAUAUUAAAUUUGAAUGAAAACGUUGGAGGAAUACAAACAAUGGCAACUAAUUUUGAUACGACAGAAAGUGUUACAGAAAGUUAUGUUGAUACAAGUAACUAUGGAAACGUAAAUAAUCAAACCGAUGUGAAUUUAUCGGAGGAGGAAACUACAACAGAUAUUAUUCAUAAUAUAAAAGAAACUAAUGAAACAUCAAUAGAUUUAAUUAAUGAAACGGUUGAAGAAACUACUGAAUCAGAUGAAGAUGACACGACAUACAAAUAUGAAGAUAUUGGAUUUACCGUCGACUGGAGUAGUACAUCAAAUACUGAAGAUAUACCGGAAAAAGUUAAUGAUACCAGCAAUAUAAUGGUGUUAGCUAAUAUUAAAAAUGAAACAGAUAUCCGGAAAGAAAAAAAUUCGCUUGUUAACGAUACCGUUAGAGAUGCUACUAAUAUCGGCUUAUUGAUACAAGCUAAGAAUAACACAAAUUACAUUGCUCUAAAAGUUAAUGCUAGUGAAAACGCUGCCAAUAUGAUGUUGAACUUUACUUGGCCAUCUACAGAUGACAUAACCAAUAGACUUACGUUAAAUCUGAUGAAGAAGUCAAAUCAGUACGUCAUCAAUUCAGUUCAAUUGUAUCUUGUGAAAGAAGGGAAUGUAACCGUUUUGACAUCGAACGUAUCUCAGCCGCACACAAUCGGAGAAGCAGGUUCAUUAUAUUUGGACCCGAAAGAUGGUGUUAAGAUAGUUUUUUCAAAUGGUGGUUUUUUCACGUCUUCAAAAGGUAAUAACCAAACAGAAGAACUGUCUGCUGACAAGAAAGGAAAACGUAUACAAGUGGAAAUUAUUGUUGGUACUGUGUUAUUGACGUCUCUGGUAUUUCUGCUUAUUUUCGCAGCUUAUAAACUUUUUCGAUUAAGGAAAAAACAAGAAGACAUGAUGACAGCGGGACUCUAA